CAUAAAUUAAUAAGCGUCUGGAAUUCUUAUUGUAUUUACUCUAUGUCCCUACCUAUUCAGCUUACACGUCGAAGUUGGUGCUGCGAGGUAACAACAACGUAGAUACCAGCGUGUGCAGUGGCGCCAAUGAGACCCAUCAGUUUUGUUGCCACUUUCAACUAGAGCUCGAAUGGCAGGCGAAGCCGGUGAACGACGACAAAAAACACUACCAAUACCAUAUGGUGGCUUUCAGUGGGACGCGAACAUUCGCGAGGGUCUCUAACGGAGGCAUCGAAGUUUGCGCGGUCGUUGCGUGUCUUAACGACUCAUUGAGUUCAUGUGGCAAACGUUUUCGAGACUAUAACACCGUUUCGUGGCCGACAACUUUCAAGAAAAUCGUCAUAGAGGCGGAGUUCGAUGAGGACCCUAACAAGUUCCAGUUCCCGAACUCUCUGCUCAGUAACAUAGAACCGAUCCACGUUGACGACUUUGAGUGGAGAAGUAUACUGGGUAAUAAACGUGUUCGUCGAACGUAUCUCUUAAAGAAACCUCAAAAUCGUCUGAUGACUUUUGGUAUUUACGGAAGAGAUUUUAAUCGCGAUUCUCUUGCCUAACAUUCUGUACCUAUAUCUGUAAGAGAACGCUUGUGACAGUUGCGUCAAUUACAUUUUUAAUUAAUU